CAAUAUUGGCGUGCUCUCUUUAUAUCUCGCUCGACAAAUUCGACAGUCCACCUCGUACCAUAUCGUCCUCAAUCCACCGUCGAGGAUUCGUCACUUGGGCCUCGCAAUCACUGUACAGCUCUCCUUUCUAACUCCCGAAGAUGAGGGCUCGCUCUAUGCACUGAUGAUUGACAUCCAACUAUCCGCCCUACGCUGUCACGAAACUACGUCUUCCACUGAGCCCAGAGCUCCUCCCUUCUCGUCGAGAUGCCUUCCUCCAACCUUGCAGCCUACCUCGCAAAGAAUUAUCUAACAGCCUCCAACUCGUCCGACCAGCAUGGGUCGGGCGAUUUUCAAGACUCGACCCGUCCGAAGAAGAAACGACGCAGGAACAAAGACCCUUCCGCCGAAUCUGGGCUCGUUAUAGCGGACGAUGACGAGUCUCUCACGCUCAAGGGCUCUUCCUUACGGCCUCGGGACGACGAGGACGGCGACAUGCCCAUCUACGACACGAACGUCAAGUCCGCCGAAUUCAGAAAGAAGAAAGGCGGCGGCGGAUGGAAAGUGAUAGCACAACCCGACACGACAAACACCACAUCGGCACCGGCAGAGGAGGAUGAGGAAGCAGACCGUAUCCUCGCCGCGGCGGCCGAAGAAGCCGAUGCACGAAGACGGGAGAUCGAAGACGAAGACGCCCCCGCCGUCGUCGACGACGGCAGAACACCACGCAUGUCCUCGGGCGCCAAGGCAGGUCUCCAGACGGCAGCCGAUACCGCACGACUCGUCGAGCGCGAAGAACGAGAACGCGAACGCGAGCUCGCUCGCGAACAACAACGCAAAAAGAAUUCGUCGUCGUCCCGCAAAGAGGGCGGCGGCCACGACGAUGAAGAAACCGAGGCCGCAGAGGAAACCAUCUACCGAGACGCCACCGGUCGUCGGAUAGACAUCAGCAUGAAACGCGCCGAGGCCCGUGCCGCCGAGGAAGAGAAACGCCGCGCGGAGCGUCAAGCGCGAGAGGACGCCAUGGGCGACGUGCAGCGUCGCGAAAAGGAGGCCCGGAAGCAGGACCUCGAGGAGGCCAAGUUCCUCACGCUGGCCCGCGGCGCCGAGGACGAAGACAUGAACGAGGACCUCAAGCGUGCAGUGCGCUGGGACGACCCGAUGGCGGCGUACAUGGCACAGAAACAGGCCGAAGAACACGACGCUGUGGUUGCCUCCGACCCCAAGGCAGCGGCUGCGGCGGUGGCAGGCAAAACAGGCCAAACGAGGAAAAAAGUCUACGUGGGCGCCGCCCCGCCGAAUCGAUAUGGCAUAUCACCCGGGUGGCGAUGGGACGGCGUCGAUCGCAGCAACGGCUUCGAAAAGGAAUGGUUUCAAGCGCGCAGUCGCAAGGGCCGGAAUGCAGACCUAGAGUAUCAGUGGCAGAUGGACGAAUAA